AGCAAUAACGUGUGGGAAAAAGACAGAUAGAAUAAAUAACCAAGACUUAAUAAUACAAGUCCUAUUUAGUUUUCCUUUUGUUGUUUGGAAACAAGCAAAAGUUUGCAUUCAUUAUGGCAGUGAGACGAAGCACAGAGAGCAUAGUUGCAGCGAUUAACGCGCAAGAUCCAUUUUGUGGCAUUUGCCAUGAGCAAUUGCAAGCAGAACAGCUAUCUGCGACUACUCCUUGUCAACACCGUUUUCACGACGUUUGCAUAAGCAAUACACUAAAGACAACCCCAAAAUGUCCAGUAUGUGAGGCAGAUUGCAACCCAGGGCAACUAAUAUUUAUGAACAAUACACUGGCAGCGGAGUUACACUCAGCUGGUAAUGCUGAAACAGACGAAACUCUAUCGCGAAAUACUCUACCUUGCCAAGAUGGUUCGACUACUACAGGUAUCAGGAGAGGUCAGCGAUUCGGAAAAGGGCGAGGAGCCACGCCCAAGCGAAGUAUGCAAACUAGGUCUAUGAAUCGAAAUCAUAGAGAAUAUUUAGGUAGUUGCAUGUCUUUAGGCAGCAACGGAAAUAAGUCAGUGGACAAUGGUCCAAAUGUAGAGACAAUUACCUAUAUCAACGAAGCUCUACAAUCUCAGCAAAGGACUUUAAUAGCAGAACUCAAAAACGUUAUUAAAGCUUCUGUUGAACAAUCACUGCAAGAGAAGUUAGCAACAUUAAAUGUACGAAGUGAGCAAGCUGAAUCAACACGCUCUAGAUUAGUUCAGUCUCCAAGGGGAUUAGGUGCUGAUACUCUCCCUAAUAGUGCCCAGAACUCUGACAUACCCCUUGACUGCGGACCAUACAGCCCCAGAGGUAGCAAUCGAUCAAACUCAAGUUUGAGUUCAGAAAAAGCAGCUAGCAUUAUGCAAACCUGGCGACUUAAAUUUGACGGUUCGAAAGACUCUAUGCAGAUAGAUGAAUUCUUGUAUCGAAUUCGUUCAUUAACGGCUCAAAAUUUGAACGGCGACUAUAGGCUGCUUUGUGACAAUCUUCAUUUACUUUUCUUCGGGAAAGCCAAUGAUUGGUUUUGGAGCUUCCACAAGAAAAACCCACAGUAUACCUGGUUGGCUUUCUGUACGGAUUUCCGACUUAGAUUCGAGGACGUUAAAGACGACUUUGACUUGUGGGAACUAAUUAGGAAAAGACGCCAGAAAGAUCAGGAGACAUUUGAUGAUUUUCAAUCAGCGAUUGAAGGCCUGGUUAGCCAAUUAUCUAACGAAAUAAGCGAAGACAAGCUUGUUGACCUAUUAAAACGCAAUGCGAGAACAGCGCUCAGGUACGAACUAUUGCAUUUGAAGAUUAGAACUCGAGCAGAAUUAAGAGAGGAAGUUAAGAAACAUGAAAGUUUCUGUAGAGAAACUGGCUCGUUUCCCAAUCGAACCAAAUACGGUAGAGAAAUACAGAACAAGAAAAUAGUGUGCUGGAAUUGCGAUAAAGUGGGACACCGAUUCGAUGACUGCAUGGGAGAAAGGCGUAUAUUCUGCUACGGUUGCGGUGCUAAAAAUACUUUUAAACCCAAUUGUAGCAAAUGCAAUCUUUUGGGAAACCGGAAGCGGGAUGCGCAGACCAACACCAGUUUGACGCAUCCCACAAAAGAAUAAAGUCCUUGCCAGAAAUACAGUCAUAUGGUAGUUUGGAGCAAUCAACUCCAAAUACUAUAUUUACAACUUAUAUGGCAAAUACAUGUUCAGUCGCCGAGACUGCAACUCAAACUGAUAUUGAAAAUAAGUACGUACCGGACCAUAUUAGAGUAAAACACUAUCUUGACACACGAAGACGAAUUUUUAGCAGCAUAGAACCCAUCGAAUUUCUCAGUCGGCCAAAACGCUCUACUGUUCGACUUAGGAAAUUCUGGAAAAAUAUUAAAAGUCUUCGUAAGAAGCUCGUUCAAUCAGUGUUUAUGAGCUCAGAUAACCGCUUGUACACUGAGUUAAGCCUAGAGGGAGAAAAAUAUGUAGCAUUAUUAGAUUCCGGAGCGACGAUUAGUUGCCUCGGUAAUGUUGCAGCUAAGUCACUGUUGUCACAUCCCAAAGCGCGCAAAUGCUCUGGAUCAAUCCGAACAGCUAACAACGCUAUUUGCCCAGUGGUAGGCAAACUGACACUUAAAGUUGAAUUUCGAAAACAAGUGCAUAAUGUUGAUUUUUAUGUUAUACCCGAUUUGAAACAAGAUGUUUACUUAGGCAUAAAUUUUUGGCAGGACUUUGGACUGUUAACGAAUUUAAUUCGUCCUGAUGAGUCCGUAAAUGAAUUAGACAACAGUAACGAACAGGAUAUCCAGGAAACAGCGAAAAUGCAUCAGCUAACCGCUGAAGAAAAGUCACGAUUAAAUUCGAUCAUUUCUAAUUUCUAUUCUUAUGAAAAGGAAGGAUUAGGACGCACUGAGUUAAUCGAACAUCGCAUUGAAAUAGAUAAUGUGACCCCCGUCAAACAAAGACAUUGGCCUAUUUCGCCAGCCGUUGAAAAGCUAAUGUUUGACGAGAUCGAGAAAAUGCUAGCUUUAGAUAUAAUAGAGGUAUCGCAUAGCCCCUGGAGCAGCAACUGCGUCCUUGUGCAAAGAAAGGAUAAAAACAGGCUGUGUCUAGAUUCUCGAGUCAUAAAUAAGUACACUCGUAAAGAUGCGUACCCUCUACCCCAUAUCGACGGAAUUCUUAGUCGUCUGCCGCCGGCUAAAUAUAUAACGGGCCUCGAUAUGAAGCACGCAUUCUGGCAGAUACCCCUAGAAGAAAAAUCACGUCAGUAUACCGCUUUUACAGUCCCUAAUCGUCCAUUAUUUCAAUACAAAGUAAUGCCGUUUGGAUUGUGUAACGCUCC